AUGUUUUCACUGCAACAUGCACAAACGGACGAAGCUUUCCUUAAAUUGAACUCGCAAUUGGAAGAAGUCACUUUGCUGUUGCGCAGUCUAAUAAAACCCACUGAAGAAGGGGCUGCCAAUGCAGCAACUCCGCUUACUGCUGAAAGCGUCACUGAGGACAACUUCAUAGUCACCAGGCGUAGAAUUAAAGCAGAGACAGAGACUAGACCACGACGAGCAGCGCUGCCAAAGAAUGAUAAGUUUACGUUUAUGCGACAGGUGGAAGUGGAUCUUAAGGAGCGCUCCAAGGCGCGUCUGGAGCGCGAGCAUGUAGCGCAAAAGUUUCGCAAACUGGGCAACGCUGCAUAUCGGGAUGCCAACUAUGAACACGCUAUACAAAUGUACAGCCAGGGCAUAGAAAAUAUUGAAGAUAGUCCCAUACUUUACAUAAAUCGCGCACUUUGCUUUAUAAAAUUGACACAAUUUAAACGCGGCAUAAUCGAUUGUGACUACGUCUUAAACAAAUUGGAUGAGAAGAAUUUGCGUGCUUGGCUAUAUCGGGCCAUGGCCUAUAGAGGCCUAAACGAUGAGGCUAAUUUUGAAAAUUGCAUUAAAUACGCGCGUAAAUAUCAUUCCAAGCAGCUGGAAUAUAUAGCAAACUUUUUGUUGAAAUUAAAGCAGUUGGAGUAA